GUUAGGUGGCCUGAUGAUGACGACAGCGUUUGAAAUAUUGCCUACUUUCUUCCCAUAGACAGAAGUACAAUCAUUUGAGCUGAUGUCCGUGGACCGUGUCCGCACCUGCCUGGAGCUUUUCCACACCUGGGAGCUUCCCCACAAGCCACAUGUCGCAGACGGGAGCAAAGUCCGCGAGUGGUUCUUUGAAAAUCAGAAUCUUUACGUGGACAUCAAGGGUUCUUGUGGAGACGCUACCACAGCCGAAAUCGAGAAGUACCACCAGGAACAAACGAGCAGCAGCAGCAGUCGUGGCACUUCCUCCGCAUCAUCUUCUACAGCGAGAGUCAAAAAAAUUUCCCUUGGACCACGGAAGAUCGUCUUCAAAAAUCAGCAUAUUGACGAUCUUCAAGACGCGCUCCUCGCUCGGCUCAACCAGGCGGAAAUCUUGUUCUGUCAUGUGUGGCCCAUCGUGGAGCACGCCCUCGGUGGUACAUCAACAUCCACGGCUACCCGGCGCACUGGUGGCGCACGCGGCUCCCCACCUUCCUCGGCGGAAGAGGUUUCGUCGGUAGUACGGGAAAGCAUCAGAAAUGAUUAUGCUGACGAGGAACAAGAGCCCACACGGCAAAUCGUCGAGGGAAUGCGGCGCUUUCGGGACGAGGCGCUUCGCAAAUGCGUUGACGGCACCCACUUGCCCACUGCGGAGUUGAGAGCGGUACUUACUAGACCUAGAGUAUAGAUAGAUUCGUGUUGUACCAUGAUCUGUGUUGGGAAACUACGACUGACACUGAGAUGGAGCUUGGGCGAACUUUUGACGCAGCUGUUUCUCACUAGUACUUGUAUUAACGACUUUUGUGCUCUAAAACGAUACGACUGAAAAACAGAUCAUCACCGGUAUUAGCCAUACUCCCGGUGUGGAUACCGGGUUUUGGCAGGGUGUUUCGGAAGCCAUCCCGGAAACGGAGUUCCUACCCUUGCGCGACUUUUCUGACGCCUUGCACCUCUGGCUGUUGCAGGAUUAUGACAUUGCAGGAGAACAUAACAACGAACGGGACAAGCAAGCUGAUGAUCGAGUAAACGACGACGCUGAUGAAAUUCACUCCGUAAUGACUGGAUCGGUGACCGUGUCGCAAGACCAAAGCGUGGACGUGCUGCAGGUGGAGCAGUAUAAGGCACAGAAGGCUUCACCGCGCGGCCCAACCAUUCUUGCAAGAACAACGACGUCCCGGCACAACGAAAAAAAGAACGCGAGGAACAACAGCAAGCGCAGCAGCACGCAGGAAGGCGACUAUACUAAGAACUUCCAGCAUCGAGAUCCUCUUCAUCUCUCAAAGUCUUCAAUUUCAAGCAGUUUAAAGAAUACAAGUACCAGAGGGGACGAACUCCGGGCCGCAGGGGAGGAGGAGGAUUUUUCACACCUUUUUGCUUUGCCAGAUGCUGUCGUCCGGCGAACGCGACGUGCCGUUCUUCCUGGAGGGUCAGGAGCGUUUGCGUAUGACGAUAGUACCUUGACCACUGGCACUGUCAACCAGGCCCCCCCUUAUUUGUCCGAACAGAUUCAGACGGUGAUGGAGUCGUGGCUGCCCGAUCUCGCGCACCUCGGUAAGAUAAGCAGAAGGAACGGAGUAGUUCUCGGGGAGGACUACAAAAGAACAACCGACGCAGUUGUAGAAGUAGGAUCGAUUUUUAGCAAUGCUUCUGCUGCCUCGAGAAUUCAUUUUCCAACUACCAGAGAGCCACGGCCACCUUCUCCGCGCUCAUCAAACUACCCGCCCACGAAUCUUCUGCACCAUCUGGCCUCCCAAUUCGAGCAGCUCCUGCAGCUGUGGGAGCAGCAAGCCCGAAACUUCGAGCGGAGACACCAGCAGUCGGAGCAGAAAGCGACCCAGUUGAAGAAGCAGAUCGACCUUUCUUUCGCGGAAUUCGAGGAACUAGAACAGGAAAACCGGAAACUGCAAGAAAAUGUCGGGAGGGCGGAAAAAAGAACUUCGGAAUUGCAGCGGGAAAAAGUGCGGUUGGAACAAGCAAACACCGAGCUGGAGCGGAGGUUUUCGAAACUGGAGGAGGAGGAGGAAAAUAGGACAAACUACGCAUCAGGCAAGAAUAUUAGAGAAACAAGUGGCAGCUCAAGUAGUUCUGCUGCUAACAGCUGCGCCCCUGCUAGAAGCGGUACAACUACCUCAGUCGGCGUAAGUUGCAACCUGCUGGUUCCGCACGCGAAGCUGUCUUCCUCUAGCUCCUCCAGCGAAGUCGACGAUAGUACGAGCCUGUUUUCCUUCGCAAAUAGAGGACAAACUCGGCAGCUCGGAAUGAUUCCUGACCAUAUUGCCGAAGCUGUGGGUCGUGCUUCAUCAUUGGGGACGGACAACAAGAAGAGUAAUAAACAUAAAGCGCCGGCAAAGAAUGAAGAUGUUUCGAGUCCGCCUCCGCGCAUCGGAAGUCUUAAUCGACACCGUGCCGGAAGCGGAGAUCAGGAGGAACCGUUUCUGGAGAUUAUCGAGCUCCGCGAGCAAGUGGCUGUUGCCGAGCGGGAUAGGCAGGUGAAAGUUUAGGGUUUCUUCUUGUCUUCUGUGAAACAGCACCAAUACAGACUUUCUUUGCACUUGCACUGCGGCAGUGGUGCCCACAUGAUUAUGAACGUGAUGUUACAACAGCAACACUUCUUCGUUGAAAUUGAAAAUCUUGAAAUCUCCUUUCAAUUUUACAGGAAGCCGCAAACCAGCUUACCCGUGUGGAGAAUUUGUUGAUCCAAAAGUCCGAGGAGCUACACACCGCAAACACCGAACUGGAAGGCCUGAAGGACCAGCAUGAAAAAUUCGGGAACAGUCGUACAGAAGGAAACAGGAGGACUUUGGCCGCCGUCGAGGCAAAAGCUACUGAGAACAAGCAAGAAAGCUACAUCGAUCAAGAGCAAGAUGAAGAUCUCGCCCUGCUUCGAAAACAGUUGAAGCAAAAAGACCGGCUGAUCCAGGGUCUGCGAAAUGUCCGCUCGGAACUGUUAGAGAACGCGGUCGAGUAUAAAAAUUAUCAGCAGGCGUUGUUCACGACCCGGGGUGGGAGUAGAAGUACCUCUACUACGAGGAAUGUAAAGCGCACAAAUCAUGGCGAUCAACAUGACCACUAUCAUCGGGCGGAACAAGGACCCGUCGCCGUCGCCGUGUCCGACGACGAUGAAGAAGAAAAAUCUCCAAGGACCCGGGCACUAAAGCGACAGGUGCAAUUUUUCAAAAAGCAGGCUCUGGCGAUGGAAAGACACGUUUUGGAGUUGGAGCAUGACGGUGAUGAUCAUGAUGGUUUUGGUUCAUUUACCGCCGAAAAUAGACUGCACGAUCAUCUCCCCGGAGGUGGACGAGAAAAAAAGCAGACCGUUCCUUCAACAGAAUCUCUCGCAGAGCUGUCUUCACCCUCACCGUCUAAAAAAACGAAAGGCAUGUUGCUUGGACACAAUGACGCACAAGUGCUUACACUGGACGAGAACCAUGGGAUGAAAGAUGAGCAGAAGAACAAGAACGCCAACAGCGCAGCAAGCAGCUCCUCCUCAACCACCGCGAAGACGACCGGUACUGGUACAACAAACACGACUAGGUCUUGUACCACAAAAUCUUCAAGGAAACCUCUGACGGAGACGGCAGCCAUGUUCCAGCAACUGAUUGCGGAAAUUCAAACGUUGGAGACGCAGAAAGCAGACUGCGAAGGGGAGAUCCGGCGGCUGGAGCGAAAAGUCCGGUUUUACGAGAAAAACAUGGGCCUGUACAGCAACAGCAGCAGCGCAGCGACGAGGACAAGAACUUCCGGAGAUUCUUCGGGGGCGCCGGCAGCGAGGACUUCUGGUCGUUUGGAAGAAACUGUAAAUGGCGCUGGAAUUCUGCAACUUCACGUGCAUAGCUCCGCGAGGACAACAUCAACCACGACGAGAACAUCCAUCGUCAACGACAGUACUAAAGCGGACCAGAGUGUGCGGCAAAAGGUGCUCCAGCAGCAGAAGAAGAGAAGAAGUGGAAGUAACACGACAGGCGGCAAUUUGUUCUUUUACAAUGUAGCGGAAGAUGGAGACGAUCAAGAGCAGCGUCUCGCACACAACGAACAAGGAGAUAUGUUCUUGGCGCAGAAUGCUGCUUUACCUUUACCCCCAACGUCCACGGUCGUCCCAGUUGUGUUUUCCCCUGCUCAGCGACGCCCAACUUCUACGAGGACGCGCUACGACAAGAUGAAUUUCAGCGGUGCGACUUCGAAUCGGGAAGUAGAUCGGAAGAUUCAAAACGGUUCAUCUGCACUGGCUUUCAGUCCGUUUUCGAAAACGAAAUCGGAUGGCGCUGCGAAGAUUAUGCUGGCCUCAAAUAAGACGAGCAAGAACGUCAAUUCUUUGCGAGGACGAGGAGGGGAGCAGCGGAUUAAAACUCCCCCGGCCGACGAGAUAAGAACAACUGCGCAGAAGAAGAAACUGUGCCCAGUUUAUUCGACCGAGGAGGAUGAAAUAAAACACAAUAAAGUAAAUCCACACGAAGACUUUCUAAGCGUGGCACAGCAGGGGCGACGAGGUGGGUACUACGUUUACGACGACGACCUUAGUGGGGAAGAUGGCGCCAUCGCGAGAAGAACUCAAGGAGGCACGAGAGAAGAAAAUGCUUCGUCGAAGAAGAAAAAGAAAAACAAGAAUGGUGACGGUAGCAAUAGUGGUCUGAAAAACAAGAAGAAAAGGUCCUAUGCUCCUUCUUCUUCACCAGUUGCACAGUGUCCGACGCAGUGAGCAGGGCCGCGAUGGUGAUGCAGUCGGCUUUCACUUUCAUCGCUUAAUACCGCAUGAUCCAGAUGGAUCCUCAUGGUGGUCAUACUUGAACGCAUUUCGGAUUGUACUAGGCUUUGUCUUUGGUAUGUUGAUCUACAUUUUUCACGAUAUGUUUUGUUGUUUCCGUUUCAAGUAGAAUUUGUUUCGAUUUUGCACAAGAAAAAGCAUCUUCCUGUCGCGGCGGCGCGUGCCACGUGCACGACCCUCGCUAGGAAAGACAUUUGUGAACGAAGAACAUUUUCGCGUUUCCAAGAAAGAGAUGGCACAUGGUGAGAACAUCAUGAUGAUGAUGAUGUUGUUUGCGCAUUCAGUUUACUACCUCUCACAAAGAAGGCAUUGCAGUCCUCGUGGCGCUGUACUUGCAAAGUGCUUCGCUUUGGCCAAAUGAUGUGAUGAUGACCACGGUCGUCGGAGAAAGAGCCGAAGUUCUAUGGCGGAAGGUGAAGGUCAAGGAAGAUCUGCUAGAAGAGCAGCGUUGGUC